AUGACCACCCGAUUCAAGAAGAGCCGCAAGAUGCAUGCCCACCGCAAGAGGGGGCAUGGACGAAUUGGCAAGCACCGCAAGCAUCCGGGUGGUUGUGGAAACUCGGGUGGCCAGCACCACCAUCGCAUUAACUUCGACAAGUACCACCCGGGCUAUUUCGGAAAGGUCGGAAUGCGCAAUUUCCACCUCAUCAAGCAUGGCAAGGUCAUCCCCACCAUCAACGUAGAGCGCCUCUGGUCACUGGUGUCAGAGCAGACACGAUUGUUCUACAAGGACAAGACAGACAAAGCUCCCGUCAUCGAUAUCAUGAAGGCUGGCUACAUGAAGGUGUUGGGAAAGGGCCAGCUUCCCGAACAGCCGGUAAUCGUGAAGGCACGCUACUUCACCAAAGAGGCAGAGGAGAAGAUCAAAGCCGCAGGUGGUGUCUGCGUGCUGUGCGCUUGA